ACAAAAAUCUUUUAUCAUCACAAGUCACACAACUAUACACAAGUUCGCGAACGCGAAGUCGCAACAUUCGGCCGUGAAUGGUGAGUCAUUACUUACCAUAUAGACUUAAUAUUACAGUGACUAGUCACCAUAGUUGAUCGUAGCCGAUCUCUACGCUCGACCGUUCGCCGUGUGCUAUAUAAGCUGGAUGAUUCAUUUCUGACGACGCACUGUUUGCAGUACUUCUCGCAACCAAAGUUCUAGAUCUCGUCCAAAGUCGAAUCAUUCGAGUUUUCUGUUCACGUCGUCGUUUCGUUCAUUCCCGUCGAUAUGGCUCAAGCUCCAUUCCUCAAUCCGACUCUUCCGUUUAUCGGACCAAUCCAAAACGGUUUGAAACAAGGAACGUUGCUCAGCUUCCAUGGUACAUCAUUCCCGUCUUCAAACAGGGUCUGCAUAAAUUUACAAAUAGGUCCGAGUGUUGCUCCUCGAGAUGCUGUUGCCCUGUUUGUCGCUUUAGACUUCAACCGCAACUUGAUUGUCAGAAAUUCUAUUCAAGCACAAAAUUGGGGCGUAGAGGAAACUCACGGUCCACCUGUAGCUCUCAUUCGAGGCCAGCCGUUCAAAUUGGAUAUAUUGUGCGAUGCUUAUGAUUAUAAAAUUGCAUUCAAUGGAUCCCACUACGCAGAAAUGAAACACAGGAUACCUUUUCAAAGUGUGUUUUAUUUAGCUAUUGACGGAGAAGCACAAUUACAGAGUAUACAUAUAAAUUCUGCUGGAAGUACACAGUUUGGUGGUCCGUCAAUGCCAAUGCCUGGUAAUCCACCUGGGUAUAUGUCAAUGCCUGGACAAAUGCCUAUGCCUGGACAGAUGCCUAUGCCUGGACAGAUGCCUAUGCCUGGACAGAUGCCUAUGCCUGGUAGCUAUGCGCCUGGACAUAUACCGUCAGCAGGUCAUAUGCAUAUGCCUGGAGCACCACCUGGAACUGUUCCGCCUUAUGCUUCUGGUUAUAGUGCCUAUCCUGGUCAAACACAUAAUUCACCUUAUUUACAGAAACACACAAGUUCACCGAUUAAAAAUGCUAUCAAUCAAGGAUUAACUAAUUAUGCUCUAACUGGACAUAUUAGCCCUCGUAAGGCAGCAAAAGUUCAAAGAAAACAAGCCAAAAAAGCUCUGAAAUAUGGUAUCCCUGUAGCUGGAGUUGCUGGAGCUGGCGUUGGUGCUUAUGCUAUGCACAAAGCUCAUAAGCAUAAAGGGUAUAAACAUAAAAAGGGUUCAAAGUCAUCAAGCAGUAGCAGUAGUAGCAGUAGCAGCAGCAGCAGCAGUGAUUGAAUGAAUGUUAAUUACAUAUUUUAAAGUUGCUGGUUAACAAUUUUAUUGCUUUAAUAUGAUGUUUUAACUGAACAUCUGCGUAACAAUUAUAGUAUUAUUUUUAUAUUACUCGGCAUGAUGAGAUCUAAUAUGUGUUUUAAUUUAAUUUAAUUUGUAUUUAUCAUUUGAAACAUAUAUUUUGGUUUCUACUUAUUGUUAUUGUUGUAUGGCUCUGAUAAAAUGUAAUGUUGUGUUGUUAAAUUAAUUUUGUAAUCUUGUGUAAAGCUAAUUUAUUUUGUUAUAUUAAAUUAAUAAUUACAAA